CAAGAAUGCUCGUGCUGCCACCUUGGAACACGCCUUUACCAAUACCACUAUGGCGUCCUGCUCAUCUUUGAAUGACUAUUUUCAGCGCAUGAAAGAUCUUGCCGAUCAACUCAGUGAUGUCGAUCACCCGGUGAGUGAAUCUCGUCUUGUUCUUCAAAUGGUCUCGGGUCUUCCACAAGAAUAUGACACUGUGGCCUCGUUUAUCACUCAAGCCGAAAAGUCUUGGGACGAUGCUCGCGACAUGAUUGAACGCGAGCAACGUCGUCAAGCGACAAGACAAUCCAUUCAGGCGGCAUUUCAUCCUACUAGUGCACCGAGUAACCCACAACCCAACCCACCCGCAAAUCCAACUCAUAACCCGAACCCACACCCUCCCCAGCCUUAUCAUCCGGCCCAAACCUUUGACCAAAGAGCCCAAUAUCCCACCCGGGGCAGGGGCCGCGGCCGACACUCUUAUCGGGGUCGAGGUCGUGGUCGCUACUCCAACUACCAAACCCACCAACCCACUAACCAUUCGACCCAACAACCUUACAACCCAUCUUACUCACCCUACCCUUGGUGGGCCUCUCCACCACCUUGCCCAUAUCCAGCCCAAUCACCUUGGACAUCUAACUGGAAUCGCACAGCCCAAACCACCCCUCCGCACCAACCUGCUCACCCCUCCCAACCCCCUGCUGGCUACGGCCUUACUGCUCCUACCACCCCUUCACCCUACACUCCACCACCCGGUUUUCCCUUCCCACCUGGUAACCCCACCCCACCACCAAUUGACCCCAUGCAGCCAACCGAACUCGGUACCGCACUCUCCGCCUUGACUCUCACUCAACCAAUGCCGCAAUGGAACAUGGACACCGGGGCCUCCUCUCACAUCACUUCGGACCCAGGAUCUCAAGACUGGACAACCUCUUUCGCGCCAUGAUAGCACCGGUGACCUUUACCCCUUCACAACACCCCGUCAAGUCCUUUUAGUUGCUGAAUCAAAUAAGUGGCAUGAUCGUCUUGGACAUCCUGGCCCACAAGUUUUAAAGUUUCUUUCUCGUACUUUUAAUUUUUCUUGUAAUGAACAAUCUUUUGCCUUUUGUGACUCUUGCCAUUUAUCUAACAGUAAACGGCUUUCGUUUGUUGCUUCUAAUUCGUUUACUUA